GGUAUUUCUUCUGUUGACGAUUUCGUGCAGCUGUCGAUGUGGCUACAUGUCCCCUUUCUGCCCCCUGUACUCCUUCGUCAGCGCAACCCUCAUUUGCCGCAUCUUUAUCCUCCUGUUCCUUUUGUGCAAUGUGCGAGUGCGAUGUGUAAUAUGCAAUUGUGCUAUCUCACGUUGUUUGUGCACCUUCCAUUUGUUCUUCCUUUCUCUCCUCCUACUUCUGCUGUCCUUGCGACUCUUUCCUCCACCUGCUUCCUCAAACGUCUGGUCUGUCCUGUCCUGGCCUGUCUUGUUGUCCAUCAGGCACUUCGCAACUACUAAGGAAUAAAAAAAAAUGUCGGGAUCGCCACGACAGUUUCCAGAGGAACAGAACAUCUUUGUCGCAAUCCCUCCACCGCUGGUACCUCUGGCGCGUCAGCUGGGCUCUAGUCAUGAUAGCAGCAGCACACAUCUCCCUACACCCAUCUCCACCAACAAUUCGUCCGCCUCGCAGUCGUACGCGCAUUGGACCCUGGACAACCAAUACCAACGAGCGAAUGCAGCGCCACAGGGCUCCAGUGGAGGACCUGAGUUUGCAGUCUUAGGAUCAAGGCCUGAGCCGUCCGUGCCUGAGACCUACGCACGGCCUCCAAUUGCGUUCCUACCGCCAAUGGACUCGACAUCUCUCGCGGACUCUUAUACCAGGCCCCAACGUACCCAGCUCGUAUCACCACCGGUGGCCAACAUGCCGACGCAGUUAUUGAACCGACUCUACUCAUUCUCAACCGUGUCGAAUUCAACAUCCACGCCUUCGUCUAUUUCACCGCCACCACGGACAUCGGGAUCAGGGUCGGCCCCCAAUAGCGGGAGUUAUUUCCCGCCAAACGCUGUCGUGGGCGGAACCGCGAGCAACGCGCACAAGCGGGCAGGAUAUGGCAGGAUUAUGGGGCCAUGGACGACUUGCAGCAUGAGCAAACAGAUAUGGCGACGCCUCUGAACCAGAGCCAUGCAGCGUAUUAUCAUGCAGUUUCGAACUAUCACUACUCCUCACAGGAUGACAUCAACAAUGCGAAUCGAUCCCGGUCUCGGAGUUCGACUGUGCAACAACCAUGUCAGCCCGCAGGACACUAUGCUGUGCCGGAGAAUGGACAGUGGAGACGACAACGGGGACGGGAUAAUAGCUUACAUUCUUUUGCUGGCGUGAAUGCUGGUGAGGCAG